AUGUCGGAAUCUCACCGAGAUCAUGAUAAAUCGUCAAAUACAAAUUCAUGUCAAGAUUCUCGUAAUAGUAAAGACGAAACAAAUCGAUACAAUAGAAAACGCUCACAUCUUGAAUCAGAAAAUAUUGAUGCCAAAGUAUAUAUUAGCAAUGUUCCAUCUAAAAAAGCUACUGAUGAAGAAUUAUUAGAUUUUUUUAAACCAUUUGGCAAAAUUUCAGAUAUACAAGUAUUUAAAGAUCAUAUAUUCGUGCAAUAUAAUCGAAUUGAUGAUGCAAAGAAAUUAAUUAAAGAAGCACAAAUACCAUUGAUAUUUAAAGGAAAUCAACUUGAUGUUUUUCCAGCAAGAGAUGUACGAUCAACAAGCGCAAAAUCAUCAUCAACUGAUAGAUCUUCGAAAAGAAGUCAUGAACGAACUUCUCAUCGUCAAUCAUUAAAUUAUGAACCAUCGAGAAAAAUGCAUUCAACACAUGAUCAAUCAAAUUUUAUUCCACAAACUGAUCGAAUUGAUGAUCGUAUGCAUAUUUCAUUAUCAAGAUCGAAUUCUCGUCGAUCUUCAAAUGAAUCAAUAUCUUUAAAUCAUCAUAUGCCAUAUUCAGUUUUAGCAGGACCAAAAGAUUCAAAUGAUUGUGUCGAUUGUCAUAUAAUUCUUGUUAAUUUUCGACAAAGAGAAUAUGCAGAGAAAAUUGAAUCUCGUCUUGCUUCUCAUGGUAUUGUUUCAUCAAUUAUACUUCUGCGAGAAGAUCUUAGUUUAACUAAAGCUAUUGACAAUGCUACUCGUUUACAAUGUUUAUAUGGAAUCAUUGCCAUGCCAAUGCAUGAAGAACGACGUACAGCAUCUUUUCAUAUUCUAUAUGGACAAACAGAAGAACAUCGUAAUUUAACAUUGGAUGAUGGUAUACAUAUAAUAAUAACUAAUUUUGCUGCAUAUAAAGAACGUAUUCGUAAUGAAGAAAUCGAUUCAUAUCGUUCAAAUAAUAAUUCAGUUGUUUAUUCUAAUUCAAAUUCAUCAUAUGAAUAUAUUCGUCCAUCAAAUAAUCUUUCUCAAGAAGAAAUAACUUCAUCUGCAUUAAAUCCUAGUGGUAAAUUACCAUUAUCAAUGUUACUAUGUCUUUUAGCUGAUGGAAGACAAUUAACAUUAGAAGAAAUCGAUCGUGUACUUGUUUAUUUACUUGAAAAAAAAGCGAAAAUGUUAACAUUACCUUCAGGUACUUUACCACCAUUACCAGCUCAAUAUGCAAUCAAUACAACAUUGAAUCACCAGACAGGUGCUUUGAUUUUUCUCUUUGCUUUAUUUAAAUAUUUUUUUCAAAGCUCUGGUAUUGUAUCGGACACAAGACUUGGUUUAACAUCAAAUCCAUCGCCUGGUAAAACUUCAUCGUCUUCAAUAGAAACAUCAGCUUCGAUUGCUGAACAAAUUCGACAAAUUCUAUCAACAAAUAUAAUCAAAUCAAAUUCAUCAAUGGGAGACAAAAAUUCACAAUCUACUGUAACAAAAUCUUCAUCAAAUAAUUUAUCCGAUACUAUCAAAACUGAAAAACAAAUUCCUUCACAAACAAAUAAUGAUACAAAAGAAGUAGGUCAACAACAACAGCAGACACAAUCUGCUUUCGUAUAUCGCCCGGCUGAAACAGUAUCUACUGUACCAGCAACAUUUAAUUAUACAUCACCACCAAUACGAAUAGCUAAUUCUGUUUCGCCAUUUGUUACAGCAACAUAUCCAUCAUAUAAUUCAGUUACACCAUCUUUAGGAGUAAAUUCAGCUGUAAAAUCAGCAACAGUUCAAAAUUUUGUUUCCCAACCUUCUCAAUAUUUCUAUCAAGUCCCAUCACAAACGCUUUAUCAAUCGCCAUUAAAUUCAACAGCAGCUAAUACAGCCGCUGCUGCUGCAUUAUUUCAAGCAUAUUCGCAAUUUAAUGUACAACCGUCGGCAACGUCUUCAAUUGUUAAUCAACAAUUAAAUACACAACAACAACAACAACAACAGCAACAAAUAAGUAGAAAAUGA